UGGCGCCGCGGUGCCGCGCCCAGUCCCCCGCUAGCCAGCCGGUACUCGCCGCCGUCCCGAGUUUGCUCGGACGGUGAGAUUGGGGAAGGGUGUGAGGGAGCGGAGGGACGCUGCCUGCGACUGGGACCAUGCUGAGCGGCCGGACCCGUGGGGCGGGUAGCGGGAGCAGCCGCCGCACCUGCUGAGAGGAAAGAGCGAGCGGCCCGGUGCGGCGGCGAGGCUGGGGCGCGGCGGAGGCUGGCCCGCGCCUCGGCCAUGUCACUGCUCUGCGUGCGCGUUAAAAGAGCCAAAUUCCAGGGUUCACCAGAUAAAUUUAACACGUAUGUGACCCUGAAAGUGCAGAAUGUGAAGAGCACAACUGUAGCAGUCCGUGGUGAUCAACCUUGCUGGGAACAAGAUUUCAUGUUUGAGAUUAGUCGCCUGGACCUGGGUCUGAGUGUGGAGGUAUGGAACAAAGGACUGAUCUGGGACACCAUGGUGGGCACCGUGUGGAUUGCACUGAAGACUAUUCGUCAGUCGGAUGAGGAAGGGCCUGGGGAGUGGUCUACAUUGGAGGCAGAGACAUUAAUGAAAGAUGAUGAGAUCUGUGGAACUAAAAACCCAACUCCUCAUAAAAUUUUGCUUGAUACAAGAUUUGAGUUGCCUUUUGAUAUCCCAGAAGAGGAAGCCAGAUAUUGGACCUACAAAUUGGAGCAAAUAAAUGCCUUAGGAGAUGACGAUGAGUAUUCUAUUCAAGAAGAAAACCAGAGGAAGCCAUUGCCCACUGCUGCCGCCCAGUGUUCUUUUGAAGACCCUGAUAGCGCCGUCGAUGACCGAGACAGUGACUAUCGAAGUGAGACCAGCAAUAGCAUCCCGCCUCCUUACCACACAACUUGCCAGCCCAACGCUUCUGUGCACCAGUUCUCUGUGCCGGUGCGACUGCCACAGCAGCAGCUGCUUCAGGGUGGCUCCCGGGACUCUUGUAAUGACUCUAUGCAAAGUUCUGACCUCGAUUAUCCGGAGCGGCGAGCCCUCAGAUAUCCUCAGAAAUAUGAUACAAUAGAUAGGAGAAGAAAAAAGAAAUCCUUAUACAAUUAUUUCGAAGAUACUAAAAGAAGGCAAUAUGUUGAUAGAUAUGGCACUAAGACCAGCUUUGAAAAUAUUAUUGAUACUAAAAAAUAUAACCUAUGCGACAUUAAGAAGAAACAACAUUAUCCAGUUUUGCUCCCCUACAAAAAUGGAUUUGUGGUUAAGAGUGACAUGUGGCCCAAUCUGUUAGAAAGUCAUGAUUAUGAUAGGCCUGGUUAUUUAAGCGACUGUGAAAAGUCAUCAGGUGCAAACCAGCAUGACACUAAUUUCACUACACUGGAUAUUCUUGAAGAUUCUACUAGUAGUAGUUCUGAUGAACUUCUAGUUUCCUCCACUUGUGAUAAGCAAGAAAGUUUAUUGUCACCAGCAUGGCAUCCAUCCAGUGCCCAUCAUAUUGGUGAUAUCCCUGAAGAAUAUUAUGUAGGAAAUUCAGCCUUACCACUACAAAAGAUGGACUGUGAUGCAAGCACAGUUGGAGAUCUGUCUGGAUGCCCCAUGGAAGAGAUGACCCCUUCCUCUAUGGGGGAUGCCAAGGAAGACUAUGUUGAUACGAUGGAUGAGCUUCAGUGUUUGGUAGAAACGGUGUCAGAAUAUUUAGCAGAGAAAGAAGAGGAGAUUAAUAGAUUUGGUUCCCUUUCAAAAGCUAAAAAUACCCAGAAACAGAGUAAUACUGUUGAUAACACAGAACAGAAAAUGCCUGGGGAUCACAUACCACAUUUAACCAGUGUCGUGAAUGACAAAGACAAGUCCAUCUCUUUCCCUGAACUGAGUGGGGUCAAGUGUGCUGUUGGUUCUUUGUUAAGUUCACUCACAGAAAAGGUGGGUUCAGGCACAAAGCAUCUAACAGCCUCUGUGGAAAAGCUGGUACAUUCAGUUCCAGAGAGAACAGAAACUCUUAAUCAAAUAGAGACAGUUAAUUUGGAAUCUAGGUCCAGUGACAAGUCAGUAGUGGAUCAGGAUCUUCCCAUGCAAUCUCCAUUAUCCCCUCAAAGAGUUGUUAUCAAGGAUAUCAGCAAACAUGGCAAAACCUCCGACAGUGAAGGCAAUAAAACUGGUGAUUUAAGCUUUCAGGAUACAACAGAAACUAUUGGAAGGGACUCGGCUCCCCAGAGUCAGAGUUCAGUUAUUAAGUCUGUUUUCAGCCUGCUGAAUCCGUUAAAGAUCUUUUCAGAAAAGGAGGAAACAAAAAAAGAUGACCCAAGCAAGCCCCUGAGGAAGGAAAGUUUUGUUGGGUGUGGUUUAGCGUCUAAUCAAAGUGAAGAAACCUUUAACAAUCACAGUAGUAGUAUAGUUCCUUUAGAAAAGAAAGAUGGAGAAACCACAGAUGGCUUCCAAAUGCCCACAAGGGAGGAUUCGCUGCAGUUUCAAGUGGCCAGUGAACCUCCAGAGGUACCUAGUUCUGCAAGUAAAAAAGGUGAUAUUGAGAAUCUGUUUGAAGGAAAACUCUGUGAGGAUCUUUCUCUUUUACCAGAUAAAACAGAAGUAUGUACCAAAGAAACUUCAGUACCUCUUUGUGUAGCUGGCAGUGUAACUGUAAAAGAAGAGGCUUCUUCGCAGCCAUUAAAGAAUGACAGAGUUACUAAUGAUGAUGAUUUCCUUGAGCCACUCAGAAAAUCGUUUAGCCAGUUUUUGCUCACUUCCCCUGAGAUCUGUUCAAAGGAAACCUUGUCAGAAUCGGUGGACAUUCACCAGCUAGAGGAAGAUGGACGGGAAAGGAGUGCUAAGAAAGAUGGACGGUCUUUUUCCUUUAGUGGAAAACUGCAUAUCCCAUUUUUUAGAGUUCCUAGUCAUUCUGAAAACCAUCAAGAUUUAAAAGAGAAAGGAAGUAUUCUUCCUUUGUUUAAAUUUCCUUUCACCGACAGACAUAACGCUGAUAAUGACCAAAGUUUUCGUGGUUCAGCAGUAACAACUGGUAAUGAGCUGCAAAGAAAUUGCCAUGAAGAUGCCAAACUUACUUCAGUAAAAUCAAAUUCAGCUCCAAAUAUUCAUAAUGAUCUAGGGAAAUUUGGUAGUACAGAGAACUCUAAUAAAAAUGACCAAGUAAAUUGUCCUGUGGGUGCCAAACUUAGUUCAAUAAAAUCUAGUUCAGUUCCCAAUAUUCAUAAUGACCUAGGGAAACUUGACUGUACAGAGGAAUCUAAUAAGAAUGACCAAAUAAGGUGUCCUAAAGAUGCCAAAUUUAAAAUGUCUAAUUCAGCCCUAAAUAAUCUUGGGAAAUUUGGGACUAUAGAGGAAUUAAAUUCAGGUGAUCACACAGCAAUAGAGAAUUAUGAAAGAGAUACCUUAGCCAUCCCUGGAGUUGAACCCAAUGAACAUAUAACUCCAAAUCCUUCAGAAGUUGAGAACCUUACCCAAGUGACAUCUUCAACAGUAUCAGGCUCUUCAUUAGAGUUUAUUUCUGCCAUUUCAAAAUCUACUUUGGUAGAUGACAUUAAUGAAGACAAAGCAGUAGAUAAAACUUCCCAAAAAAGAACGCAAGGAGGGCUCCUUUCUGGCCUUUUUAGCAGGUUUUCUUCUUCUGAAAACUUGUCUAGUCAGCAAGAAUUAAAUUUGAAAAAGGAUGAUUCCCAUCAAAAGAAUAAUACCCCAAACUUGAUCUCUGGAAUAUUUAACUUGAUAUCAAAUAGUAGUGUGAGUGGUUGUAAACCAGGUGAAGCAAAGUUCAUGUCUGUAGGUGAUACUAAAAGCUUGAAUGGAGAUAAGCAUGUAUCCAUGGAUGAAGCCCCUGCUACUUCAUGUAUGACUUCUAAGAACCAGAGGAACUGUGUUGAAAAACAUGAAACUUCUGACUUCAUGAAAAACUUCUCAUCAUUACCUAAAGAAAACAAAGCAUCAUCAGAUGUAUGGGUUGAUAAUCACGGUUGCCCUUCUACAUGGAAAAACCAGCAAGGUGAAAAGCAUUGCUCUUCCUCUGAGAACACAGUACUUCAGUGUGCUCCUAUUGCUGAACAGGGCCUUUUAGAUGAAUCUUUGGCUAAGAGGCCAAUACCAAAUCAUGUUUAUGAAGCAGAAGUCCAUGAAAAUUCAAGUAAAUUAAAUUCACCUAUACUAAGUGCUAACAUUUUAAAUAAAUCAAACCACUCUCAGUCCUUUGAAGGGAUGAACAAUCCUUUGUGUUUUGAAUGGGACUCUGACAUAAAAGAUUCCUCUAAAAAUUCCAGAAAACUUCAGCCAAUUUAUUAUAUGUUGAAUCAAAAUACAUUUCCAUCAGCAGAUGCUUUCUUGUGGCCUGACUCAGAAAACUCAGUAAUAAAUUUUUGCCAAAAAGAUCAAAAUACAAAUAUCUUGGAGUGGAGAACAAAUCCGAACAGUGUCAUUUGGUGUGACUUACCAUAUGAAUCAUCCAACCAUUUAGCAUUUAAUGAAGAUUACUUAUUAAGAGGUGAUAUGUGGGCAGCUAACUCACUAUAUGGAAAUUCUGAUCAUCUUCCAGUUAACAAAAGUAAGAAUUCACUAAAUGAAUUGCCUAUUGAUUUAAGUUGCACUUCAGAUUAUGAGAUUACAUAUCCUGUAGUUGAUCAACAAUCAUUAAGAAUGGAUGAAUACUUUGUUUUUUCAAGUUUUGGUUAUGAAUACCAGGAAUGGUUGUCAUAUCUUGAAAAUGGAAUAUGGUGGCCAUCAGAGGAUGGAAAUUAUGGGUAUUAUAUGUUCCAUGAUGGCCAAUAUAUCUAUUCUAUCCUCACUGAUCCUACUGGUCAGUAUGCAUAUUUAUUUAUACCUGAUUAUACUUAUCCAGAGUAUAUGAGUUGUGAUUUACAGACAAAUGACCCAUCAAAUGUUAUGUUGGAUGACAGUGUUUUUUCUGCCUGUGAUUUUAAAGUACUUGGCAAGAAUGAUGAAAUAUUGUAUGUUGAAGAACAAGCAGUUGAUGAUCCUCUUGAUUUAUCUGUACCUUUGCCAAGAAGUAAAGGACCAUUAUAUCUAAAUUUAGAAAGUUUUUCACAAGUUCUUGAAGAGUCAGGUUAUGACCAAAGGGAUCAACCAUUAGAUUUUUCAGGCUAUAAUCCUCAAAAGUUUAAAGGAAAUUUUAGAUCUUUCAAAGAUAAGCCAUAUGAUUCUGAAAACCUUGAAUAUACUUUAGAUCUCAGAAAUCAGUCCCAAACUAUUAGUAAUCAUAUCUUAAAUAGAGAUCAGCUUAUAGAGAGAUGUGAGAACCAACUUACAGCUAAAGAUUCAUCAGUUCACCUUUCCCUAUCCAAUUGGCUUCAGUCAUCUUCUAAAGAAGCUUCCUCUUUGGUUCAUCCUGAAAUUAUGAACAAAGGCUCACAGCAAGCAGAAGAGACAUCAUCAGUGAACAAGGUGACUCCAGUGUUUUCUGUUUUGGAUGCUUUGGUUAAAAGCACUUUGACUUUUGAUAAAGGUGAAUCCUUAGACUCUUUGGUCAUGCAGAAAAUGGAUCAACAGUCAAAACUAACAGAACUCACAAAUGAUGAUCAUUGGUUGUUAAUCUCAAAUAGGCAAGUAAAGGAUAGCUUCCGAAAGGAGGAAGAAAGUUCUCUUAAGGAUUCAGAGAUUAUAUCUGGUGAUCAGCAAGCAGAAUUUACUGAGAAGAUAAGGCAAGAAUUCCCUUUAAAUCAAAACAGUCAUGCGAAAAAACAAAAUUUGCCAAAAUCUGGCUUCCUGGUAAGUCCUACAACUCCUCAUACAAAAUCAGGGAUAGAAGAUGAUGAAGUUAUUACAACUGAUUCAAGUUCAGAUUUUCUUCCACCACCAAUUAGAAGGGAUGAGCACAAGAAUUGUGAGCUUUCCCAGGACCAGGCUUCCACAGAAUCGGAGAAAACGUUGUUUAAAAGUGCAUUGAAAUUCUUUGGUCGAGGAGAAGAAUCUUCAGCAAGUAAAAUAGCAAAUGAAAAACAGGCAUCUGGAUUUUUGAACCUCUUUAAAACCCAUGUGAAUAAAGAAGGAUCAUCAGACUUGGAAAAGGAUGGUGUUAAAAAUGAAAAGGUAUCAUCUCAGGAAAAAAAAGAAACUUCUGGUGUUUCCAAUUUUUUUGGUACCCUUGGAGAUUUCUUUAAAACCAAUGUAUCUCCUUUACAGACAACUGAAAGUAAGUCUGUUACUUCAAUGACUGGUAAGGAUGAGGUCAGGUCAGGCCGUAAUCCUACUCAGCUUGCUAGUCAGGAUGUUGGGAACUUCUCUGCUGCACCGGUUUCCUCUAAAAGGAAGGUUAGAGGUAGAAGUUUGAACAAACAGACUACUAUUGACGAAAGUGGGCUGAAGGAAACAUCAGUGGAGGAAAUCCCAGGUAGUAAUCUGGUUGAGGAAGAGACACCCUUCAGAGACCACCUCCUCCAGAAAUCACCAAAUCCAUCUUUCUCAACAAGUAGUCUCAGAGAAUCUUCCAGAGAUUCUUCAAUAGAAACUAGAGGAGUGUCUACAGUGACAGAAAUUUCAAGGAGUAAUACAGUAUCUUUUGAUACUCUGAGCAGAAGAAAUUCAAAUGAACAAGAUCCUUUUCUUGACAAAGACUGUAGUUUUUCAACUGCCACAACAUCCCCAUCCCAAUCAGAAUUGCCAAGCAGAAAGAGUAUAUUUUCUUUCUUGACUGGUUCUGAAAAAUCUGAGAACAGAGCCUCUGCUACUCUACCAAGAGCCAAGUCUCAAGCGGAAGGGCUCUUCACUCUUCCCUCCUUUUUUUCCAGUACCAGCUCAAGCAUCAAGAAGGACGCCUCUCCUAACAGCUCUACUUUUAGUUUCUUCAGCUUGUCCUUUUUGGAUGAAAAGCAGCAGACUCCUAGGGAAAAACAGAACCUUGUAACUGUUGCACCAGUGACUUCCCAGCCCUGUAAGAAGCCACCUGUUUUUGUAGACACUAAUGGCACAGUAACUAGAGGAGAUUUCACAGGUCACAGAGCUAGCAUAGCCCAGGAAGUAGUUCAUGAACAGCAAAUGGCCCCUUGUAUUUUCGAUAGUGACACUGUGGAAGAUUCUUCCCUUGUAGAUGAGCUCAGUGAAGAGAAAACUCAGGAAAAACUGGGUACUGGUAAUGAACCAGAGACAUCUUCAGAUUUCCAGAUGAAUCAGUUGCAAAAAGACAUUGCUCCUGCUUCACCAGAACUCGGGGAAGAUACUGAAACAUCCUUUGCUGGUCCAGAUACCCUUGGGGUAACUCUCCAUGAAGAAGAGGCUGUCAGCUUGAAAGCCUGCCCUAAUGACUCACUGACCAAAUCUUUUUCACAUGGUAACCAGUUUAUCGAAAAGCUCAAUGAUUUAGACAGUUGUAAUCACCACCACCAGAAUGAAAGACUUCCUAGUGACCCACUGAACCUGCCCUUGGAAGAGGUCCCUGGUGAGAUCCCUCUGCAGACUCAGAAGCCAGCCUCCUCUUCUACAGAGCCAGGAGAUGCAGUGCAUCUCCAUAACCACGAUGCAGAUAAAGCGGAAGACAAAUCAGUGUUAGGCUCUUCGGUAGAAAUGCUUUCAGGGCUUGUGACUAAAGUAAAAUCUUUCUCUGGGUGUUUGACUGAACCUCCAAAAUCUUUCUCUGGACUUUUUACCUCUCCUAAAUCACCAAAGAAAAACCCUGUUUUCUCUCUUUCUCCAAAUGUGUCAUCACCACGCCUCAAAGGCGAGUUAUUCGGAAUUUUCAAAAGUCCCAAAUCAGAGACAUGCAAACAAGAGUCUUCUGUCCCUACUUCAUGGCUUCAAAACGGUUGUUCCAGAGAUGCUGUAGGAUCAGGGCCUCCAGAUAGCUUGUGGAGAGAAGCUGCGUCUGAAGCACCCAAUUCAGAAUCUACUCUCGGUGACUGUAGAAUGACUGUGUUUAAUGCAAAGUCAGAAUCGGAUAACUUGACAGAUAAUCAUAAACUAACAACCGACGUGGAAGACACUAAUGCUCCUGAAAAUACUCCAGAACCCCAAGGCUCUGAAAUAGUCGCUACAUCGUCUGUCUCAGAGGAAGAUACUGGACAAGGAGUAUUGUCUCUGAGUGACGAAGGAGACAUGGGGAUGUUGCAGGGCACAGACACAGAGGCAUCAAUGGAAGCAGAACAUAUUUUAUUGCCAACACAGUCACAUCCAGAUCCCACCUGGAUUCCCGAAGAGUCUCCUCCUUCAAUACAGCCCUCUCUCCCUCCUGAACCAGACUCAGCUUUUCAGACUGCCCCCAUAAACCUCGAUGUCUUGGAGCUGCAGGCAACCAAUGCACUAGAAACCAAUACUGCAUUAUCCAAUGAGGCAAGUGUCAACCAGGGCAUUGCACCGGAAACCCAAGAGCAUCUUUCUCAUCCUCUGCCAGAGGAACCUAUGCUUUGUGCCAAAGAAAGUUGUGGGAUACUUCAUACCCAGAAAGAUCCACCUGCAGUCCUCCAGGAAACAGAGCAGCCAAAACCUCAUUUUGAAAUCCCAAAAAUGACCAGUUGGCCAAAGCUCGGCUUCUCAUCCUCUGUUGCUGAUCAUGGGAAACCGUUGAGCUCUUUCUUUUCCUCACCUUCACCCUCUGACAGUAAAGCAGCAGAGACUGGUUUAAUGUCCGGUUUUAAGAAGUUGUCAACUAUAUUUGAGGGAGGUGGUGAGGGGAAAGGGAGUGUGCUGGCAGGCGAUCCCAAACUAGUGUUUGGAAGGAAGCUGGAUUUUUCAUUUCCGUGGCCAAAAGAGAACAAAGGGGGUCCUGCACAAAUGCCUGCAGAGCCCUGCCCUCCAGUCUUGGUUAUCAGCAAUAAUGGAGACCUUAAUACCACAGAGACAAACAAAACUUUGCAGUCUUAUCAAAUAUCUGAGGCUGGUGCUGAGCCAGCUAAGGUGUACACUCAGUCUUCGGGGAGUGCUGAGCAGCUGGAGGACAGGCCGAGUGUCUGUGUUGAUAGGAUUUCAGAGCCUGAGGAAGUAGAAAACCAGCAGGAAACACUAGCAACUGGAGAACACCAAGAUACCAAAGGCAACUUCUCUGGCUCCACCUGCCCUUCAGGGAAAUGUGAGGAAGAGCAUUGCGCUGUUCCUGAGCUACUUCACCAACCAGAAAAACAAGAAGAGGAAGCACCGUCUGCUGGCACUGACUCGGUUUCCAGUGUACAGCAGCCAGUCAUUCUGAAUGGCAUCGAGGAACCAAUGACCGGCAAAAGCCCCACCAGCAGCAGUAGGUAUGGCUCCUCCUGUAAUGUGAGCCAAGGAAGCUCUCAGCUGAGCGAACUAGACCAGUAUCAUGAACAGGAUGAUGACCGUCGAGAGAGGGACUCCAUUCAUUCCUACCACAGCUCUGGCAGCCUUUCCAGAGAUGGCCAAGCAGGUUAUGGAGAACAAGAGAAAGCCUUGGAGGUGACAGGUAAAGCAGAGAAGGGGAAAACAUGUGAACCCAAGGAGAUGAACGAAGAUGCCACAACCCAUCCUCCCCCAGAUCUGGUGCUACACAAAGACCACAUCGUAGGCCCCCAGGAGAGUUUUCCUAAGGAGAAUGCAUCUUCACCAUUUACCCAAGCUAGAGUGCACUGGAUCCGAGCUGUUACCAAAGUCCGGCUGCAGCUGCAAGAGAUUCCAGAUGAUGGUGACCCCUCUGUGCCUCAGUGGCUCCCAGAAGGGCCGGCUGGAGGGCUCUAUGGCAUUGACAGCAUGCCAGAUCUACGCAGAAAGAAGCCACUGCCACUUGUCAGUGAUCUGUCGCUGGUCCAGUCCCGGAAGGCAGGGAUUACUUCUGCAAUGGCUACACGUACCUCUCUCAAGGAUGAAGAGCUGAAAUCCCAUGUGUAUAAGAAAACCCUACAGGCCUUAAUCUACCCCAUCUCCUGCACCACACCCCACAACUUUGAAGUCUGGUCGGCCAGUACCCCAACCUACUGCUACGAGUGUGAAGGCCUGCUCUGGGGCAUUGCCCGGCAGGGCAUGCGCUGCAGCGAGUGUGGAGUCAAGUGCCAUGAGAAGUGCCAGGACUUGCUCAAUGCCGACUGCCUGCAGCGGGCUGCAGAAAAGAGCUCUAAACAUGGAGCUGAGGACCGGACCCAAAAUAUUAUCAUGGCCAUGAAAGACCGCAUGAAGAUCCGAGAGCGGAACAAACCAGAGAUCUUUGAAGUUAUCCGAGAUGUCUUCUCAGUGAGCAAAGUUGCCCAUGUGCAGCAAAUGAAAACAGUGAAGCAGAGUGUAUUAGAUGGCACCUCCAAAUGGUCAGCCAAGAUUACCAUCACUGUGGUGUGUGCCCAGGGCCUACAAGCCAAGGAUAAAACAGGAUCUAGUGACCCUUAUGUGACUGUGCAAGUUGGCAAAACCAAGAAGCGUACCAAGACCAUUUUUGGAAACUUGAAUCCUGUUUGGGAGGAGAAGUUCCAUUUUGAGUGCCACAACUCCUCUGACCGCAUUAAGGUACGUGUAUGGGAUGAAGAUGAUGACAUCAAGUCCAGAGUAAAGCAGCGACUAAAGCGAGAGUCCGAUGAUUUCCUUGGCCAGACCAUCAUCGAAGUUCGGACACUGAGUGGCGAGAUGGACGUGUGGUACAACCUGGAGAAGAGAACAGACAAGUCAGCCGUGUCGGGGGCUAUCCGACUACAAAUCAGUGUGGAGAUCAAGGGGGAGGAGAAGGUAGCCCCCUACCACGUGCAGUAUACAUGUCUCCAUGAGAACCUUUUCCAUUACCUCACAGACAUUCAGGGCAGUGGAGGAGUCCGGAUCCCUGAGGCUCGAGGAGAUGAUGCCUGGAAAGUGUACUUUGAUGAGACAGCCCAAGAAAUUGUGGAUGAAUUUGCCAUGCGCUAUGGCAUCGAAUCCAUAUACCAGGCCAUGACGCACUUUGCAUGUUUGUCAUCCAAGUACAUGUGUCCUGGUGUGCCAGCAGUGAUGAGCACCUUACUAGCCAACAUCAAUGCCUACUAUGCCCACACAACUGCCUCUACCAAUGUUUCUGCAUCUGAUCGCUUUGCAGCCUCCAACUUUGGGAAAGAGAGAUUUGUGAAACUUCUGGACCAGCUACACAACUCACUGAGGAUUGACCUCUCCACAUACAGGAACAAUUUCCCGGCUGGGAGCCCCGAGCGACUUCAGGACUUGAAAUCCACAGUGGACUUGCUGACCAGCAUUACUUUCUUCAGAAUGAAGGUACAAGAGCUACAGAGCCCUCCAAGAGCCAGCCAGGUGGUAAGGGAUUGUGUGAAGGCCUGCUUGAACUCCACAUACGAGUAUAUCUUCAACAACUGCCACGACCUGUACAGCCACCAGUACCAGCUGAAUCAGGAGCUACCUCCAGAGGAACAAGGACCCAGCAUUCAGAACCUGGAUUUCUGGCCCAAACUAAUCACACUCAUCGUGUCAAUCAUAGAGGAAGAUAAGAAUUCCUACACGCCUGUUCUGAACCAGUUUCCUCAGGAAUUGAAUGUGGGAAAAGUCAGUGCGGAAGUGAUGUGGCAUCUUUUUGCCCAGGACAUGAAAUAUGCACUGGAGGAGCAUGAAAAAGACCGGCUGUGUAAGAGUGCUGACUACAUGAACCUGCACUUCAAGGUGAAGUGGCUGCACAAUGAAUACGUGCGGGAUCUGCCUGCCCUCCAAGGGCAGGUGCCUGAGUACCCAGCGUGGUUUGAGCAGUUUGUGCUGCAGUGGCUGGAUGAGAAUGAAGAUGUGUCCCUGGAAUUCCUGCGUGGGGCCCUGGAACGAGACAAGAAGGAUGGGUUCCAGCAGACAUCGGAGCAUGCACUCUUCUCCUGCUCUGUGGUGGACGUCUUCACCCAGCUCAACCAGAGCUUUGAGAUCAUCCGGAAGCUGGAAUGCCCAGACCCCAGCAUCCUUGCCCACUACAUGAGGAGAUUUGCUAAGACCAUCGGGAAGGUGCUGAUGCAGUAUGCAGACAUCUUAUCCAAGGACUUCCCAGCCUACUGCACAAAGGAGAAACUGCCCUGCAUUCUGAUGAACAACAUGCAGCAGCUGAGGGUCCAGCUGGAGAAGAUGUUUGAGGCCAUGGGAGGCAAGGAGCUGGACCCUGAAGCUGCAGACAGUCUGAAGGAGCUACAGGUGAAACUGAACACGGUUCUGGAUGAACUCAGCAUGGUGUUUGGAAACAGUUUCCAGGUGCGGAUUGAUGAGUGUAUUCGACAAAUGGCGGACAUCCUGGGCCAGGUUCGGGGCACGGGAAAUUCAUCCCCCAAUGCCAGGGCCUCCGCGGCUCAGGAUGCAGAUGGUGCACUCCGGCCUCUCAUGGACUUCUUGGAUGGCAACCUCACACUCUUUGCCACCGUGUGUGAGAAGACGGUUCUGAAACGUGUCCUGAAGGAGCUCUGGCGGGUAGUGAUGAACACAAUGGAAAGGAUGAUUGUCCUGCCCCCCCUCACCGACCACACGGGCACCCAGCUGAUCUUCACUGCUGCCAAAGAGCUGAGCCAGCUUUCCAAACUCAAGGACCACAUGGUACGAGAGGAAACACGGAGUCUCACGCCAAAGCAAUGCGCUGUCCUUGACCUCGCCCUGGACACCAUCAAGCAAUACUUCCAUGCAGGAGGCAAUGGGCUGAAAAAGGCAUUCCUGGAGAAGAGCCCAGAUUUGCAGUCCCUCCGCUACGCCCUAUCUCUGUACACACAGACCACAGACACUCUCAUCAAGACCUUCGUGCGCUCACAGAUUGCACAGGGGUCCGGUGUGGAGGAUCCUGUGGGAGAAGUCUCCAUUCAGGUGGACCUGUUUACACACCCUGGUACCGGGGAGCACAAGGUCACAGUGAAAGUGGUGGCUGCCAAUGACCUCAAGUGGCAAACAGCGGGUAUGUUCCGGCCUUUUGUGGAAGUGACCAUGGUUGGCCCACAUCAAAGCGACAAGAAGAGGAAGUUCACAACCAAGUCCAAAAGCAACAACUGGGCCCCCAAGUACAAUGAGACAUUCCACUUCCUCCUGGGAAAUGAAGAGGGGCCGGAGGCCUAUGAGCUGCAGAUAUGCGUGAAGGAUUACUGCUUUGCCCGGGAGGAUCGUGUGCUAGGGCUGGCAGUGAUGCCUCUGAGGGAUGUGGCAGCCAAGGGCAGCUGUGCCUGCUGGUGCCCCUUGGGCCGGAAGAUCCACAUGGAUGAGACAGGCGUGACCAUUCUCCGGAUUCUGUCUCAGAGAAGCAAUGACGAAGUAGCCCGAGAAUUUGUGAAACUCAAAUCAGAGUCUCGUUCCACGGAGGAGGGGAGCUGAACACCUUUGGCUUAUGUGCCAACCAGGCAGCGCCGAUUCCCCAAAUCAAGGCCAAUGGGAGUUAGCUACAUAGUCUGCUUAGGGUCCUUGUAGUCAAGAGUCUGACCCCUUCAGUUAAGAAUAGUUAAGGAAAAUUUAGGAUGGUGCGAGUAUAGCUUUUCACAGUAAGGGUCAUGAAUCCCUGAGCAUCAGGCCUGUGGUGCUAGGAGCUAGGCUGUGGGUUACCACGUGGAAAGAUUUUCCAUAGAGAGAGGGGGACAUUUCUGAGUAUCGGCCAUUCCACAUAAACUAUCUCUACCCCUCUCCAGUUAGACACUUACAUGCCAAUCAUUAGAAGAACAAGUUUCUAGAGGGCCUAGGUCAUGCCUGGCUGGCAUGGUAGUCAGUUGAGCCCACAGUUACAGCUGGGCCUUGUGGUAUGGAUUGGAGUUGGCCAGUGCAGGAGCACCCAGACUAGAAUUGACUGUCACUUCAGCAGCAGCCACUGAUUGAGUGUUGAUCCAGUGAAAGCAAGGCUUUGAAACUGAACAAGAUACUGAGUGGUGCUUCAGAGCCCUGAGCAGAAUAUUUAUUUGGAACUCAGGCACCAGGGCCACCCAGCCAGGAGUCCCCGAACCGUGCUUCUGUACGCAGGGGGUGCUGCGUAGUGCCUGAGAGGCCAUGCUCAUGUGUAGUUGUACCUGAGGCCUAGCUGAAGAUCCAUCAGCAUUUUCUUCUUGGGUAGGCCCUGAACAAAGCCAAUAUUUUGGAAACCAAGCUCAAAAGAGUCCUCACCUGUAGCUCCUGCCUUCUGGGGCUGUUCUCCACCUUGAAGGAGAAAAAUCUCGCCUUGAGCCUCCCCCCACCCUUUCCUCAGGGUCAGCUGCUGUGUCCCUCAUCGGUGUUCAAGCCUACAGUGGCGCUGGGAACCUGACCCCCCUGGACUGGCUGGACAGAGAGUGGCCUGAACACUCCCUGGGAGGUCAGAGACAAACUUCCAGGCGGCCAGAUGGACUUCCUAGGCUCCCGCUCAGAGAUGCGACAUGGUCCAUGGGUUUCCUCAGCAACAGCCCCCUGGACUUCCUGCGGACUCAGCAUUGUCCACAAGCUGUACCGGCCACUACAGGAAACAAGAAACGGAGCAUCUCUGCUGUUGUUAAUUACUGUAUGUGCCAUUGUUACAGGGGAUUCUAGGCUAGUCUGUAAUAAAUUAUCUUAGCAGUC